AUGGAUUAUUUACUCAAUAUUUUACCAAGAAUUUUUUUAUUGUCCCUUUGCCUUUCAAUGUUUACUCAUUUGUUUGCAGCCGAUCCUCCAUUUGGAAGACUUAGUGUACGCCAGAGCCAAUUAGUUGAUUCUUUUGGGAAACCAGUUAUUUUGCGAGGGAUUUCACUUUUUAAUAGUGAAUGGCAACAAGAAUUUUGGACAUCUGAUGUUGUUAGAGCUGUUAAAUGUUAUUAUAAUGCUAAUGUUAUACGUUUGGCUGUUGGUACGGACCAUCCUUGGGACGAUAUUGAUAGAAUAAAGGAUGUUGUAAACGCUUCAAUUGAGAAUGGAAUUUAUCUUUUGCUUGACUGGCAUAAUGCUGGUGAUGGUGGUUAUGCUUUUGGAAAUGGCAUACCCGAUUUUAACGCAUUCAUUUCUAAUGCGAUUGAUUUCUUUGAUCAUAUGUCUAAUUUAUAUGCCAACAUUCCUAAUAUGCUAUACGAGAUAUGGAGUGAACCUGCUUGGCUUGAGUGGCGUAUAAUAAAAUAUUAUCAUUAUAAUGUAAUGAAAGUAAGAUUAUUUUUAAUUAUUAUCCAGUAUAAAUAUCAAGGAUGGGCCCUGACGCAUUUUAAUAGGCUAAAGGCGGAAGCUGAAAACAGUAUAGCUGUCCGAGACUCUUGGUCCUGA